AUGAUAAAGGAAAUUAACUCUAAUGGUAGAAAAUAUGGUCGUCUUAGAACAAAAGAUGGUCAUUUAAUCAGUUCAUAUUGUAUUAAAAGAAAAACUAAUAUUUCAAGAAAUAAUUAUUGUGUUGCU